CCCUUGAACUUUCCCAGAGUGCUGCGCGAAGGAAACAUGGCGGUCUCCUUGAGUCAAGUGAUGGGUCCGGGCUGGUGCUCGUUAGUCGGACGUUUAACGUCAGAUCUGCAGUGUGCACGGACUCUACUUAAUCCCAAGAAGAUGCUGACACCCCAGUCCCUGAUCCCAGUAAGGACAAAGAAGCGUCAUUUCAUCCCCCCGUCUGUGUCAGCCAAGCACAAGAGUUUUUCAGAGCAGGAGUCCAUGGCCAAAGCUGCAGGAGUCGUCGUCAGGCAGCAGUACUUGGAGAGAGCGAUCAACAUCACCUGCACAGCUGGAAUUUUAGACCCCUAUGUUCCUCCUGAAGGAGAUUCCCGCUUGUCCUCCCUCUCCAAAGAUGGUCUGAAACAGAGAGCUGAGCAGUUUAAACAGAGUGCUGCCUCCCAGCUCGCUCUCAGGAAGGUUAAGGAACAUGAUAAAGAAUUUAGUACUAAAGAUUUUCCUGCAAAGGCCCAAGAAAUCUUCAUCCAGGCACAUCACAAUCUCACAAACUUCAACAAGGAAAACCUUCAUACCUUGGUUACUGAGAGGUGCUACCCUGAAAUGGUGCGAGGAAAUCGCUUCAAAACUCUGCGAUGGCAGUUUCUUGAAUCCUUGGAGCCUCCACGAGUCGUACACGUGCGCUGUCCAGAAAUGAUAAAUAAAGGCAAUGUGUAUGGGCAAAUCACGGUGCGCAUGCACUCUAAACAGACAUUGGCAAUCUAUGACCGAUUUGGGAGGCUGAUGUAUGGCAGCGAGGAUCUGCCCAAAGAUGUGCUGGAAUAUGUGGUGUUUGAGCGCCAUUUAGUAAGUCCCUACAGCCGAUGGAGGAUGCAUGGCAAGAUUGUGCCAGCUUGGGCUCCACCAAAGGACCCGAUCAUUAAGACCAUCAUGAUUCCUGGUCCUGUGAUGAAGCCCUGGGAAGAAUUUGAGGAGAUGAAUUUAAGUAAAGCGAAACCUCAGCAAGUGCAGUGGAACAAAUAAGAGCUGGAAACCUGCACAGACUCAGGAGGUUCUGCCAUAUGUGAAUAUGGACAUCUGCAGUCUGUUCUUGUUUAAUUUAUCAUGCCAAAAUAAAAUGUAUAUAUAUAUAUAUAUAUAUAUAUAUAUAUAUGUGUGUGUGUGAA